UCACCGGCCUCGCCUGGGACAGAGGCCGGGCUCAGAUCCUCGUCGUCUUCGAAGCCCGCGGCGUCGAAGUUUUGUUCAUCUUUGACGGGCUCGGGUUUGACUGUUGGACCAACUGACGACAUACUGUUUUUAGUGGGGAGAAUGUCGGGUGGAAGGGGAAUAAAGGAGAAAAGGGAAGCAGAGAUCAGCUUCAGUUGUUUGCGAGAUGCGCGUGGAUGAUCCGGUUCUCAGAAUUACGCUGACGUAACUCGUCCUCUAAGAAGAGAUAUCAAUGAGUCUGACAUUCCCGUUCCCGCUUCCGACGACGGGCGCGUUCUCGUACUGCCAAUGUAUAAGCUCGUCGGAUCACUACCAGCUCUUAGCAGAUGCCGACGUUCGGCGCGCGCAAUUACGCGAUGUCUUGAAAAGAGCAAAGAGGAAGAAUAUACAGGACAUGCUUGAAGUAGUCAAGGCGAUCGAGGAUUAUAUCCCGUUUGCAUUCACAAUCAAAGAGGGCAUUGAAUCUGGUGAUCUGUCGCUUGAUCAUGAAAUAGUGACUUCAUGGCGACCGCCGCUGGUGGGGUCCCAUCUCCACAUGGUUGAGAAUCAACGAAUAUCAGCGCCUACUAUAUCCUACGAGGUCUCGAUGACCUUAUUAACCUAUUCACUGUCACUGCUAUCGUUAGCCGAGGAGGCGUAUCUCGUAGGAAAUUCAGAAGACAAAUGGAAACAGUCUACCGCAUACCUCCUCUCAGCGCAAUCGAUCCUGAUCUACCUCUCCACCCACCCUCUCCUCAUCGACCCAGCUCCCCCCUUAGACCUCCAACCCUCCACACUAACCCCCCUCGUCAACAUGAUCGCCGGCGCCCUGCACCUCCUCGUCCUCUACAAAUCCCUCCCCACACCAGACUCGACCGCCAAACCCCCCUCCGCGAGCCUCAUGAGCCGGAUCUCGAUCUUCGCCCUCGAGAAAUUCUCCGCGGCCCUCACACUCCUCCCACAAUCCCUCAAGAACGACGCGCUCGAACGCUGGAUCCAGGACGCGAAAUCGUACUGCUCCGCGCUGGCGGAGCGGUAUAUGGCCGUCGAGCGCGAGUCCAAGGGCGACGUCGGCGCCGCGAUCGCGCUCUGCAUGGCCGGCCGGGCAGAGUUGAAAUCCGGCUCUGGCUCGUCGAUCUUGAAAAAGCCGUCGCGGCUGUCGAUACCUAAACGGUCGUCGUCUUCGACUACCUCGAGCGAAAGCUCACAGUCUUCUUCCUCCUCCGCUAGCGACUCGGGUUUGAAGACCGCCAUGAAGCGAUUACGCCAAGACCUUGAAUCUCUUGAAACCGACUUUCGGGUGCAGAACGAUCGGCUUUCGUUCCAAAAGAUCCCAGACACUAAAGAGGUGAAGCGGAACUGGCCGUCUGGGCGCGAGGUCGUCGCGUCAAAGGGAGAGUGGACGCCGCCUGCGAGUCUGGUGGAUUGGGAAGGUACAGGGGAACAUCAUGAGUCUGCGCCGGGGAUGAGGAGAGGGGUGAGUUAUAGUGGGCAGGGACAGUACUAUUGAUCGCAUCAAAGUCGUUUGGUAUCUUUUGGGUUGGUUGUUGGCAUAUAGAUGGAUCUCGAAUAUGUAUAAAAGUUUGGCUUGUACGUACACUCUCCAAGCGGUGUUAUCAGAAACCGGUACUCCGUUAAAACAAACAAAACGUGAAACCAAGCAUAGUAUCUCAGCCGGUUAAUAUGUAUAUAUCAUAAAAGUAUACG